AUGAGCAGUUGGAUUGACGAUGAAAGUGAUGAUGAAGACUUUUACGAUCAAUAUAUUGGUUCGGAAACAGAAAAUGCUGAAAGUCAAACAUCAGAAGAAGAUGAUGAAAUUGAUUUAGAAAAUCUUAAAUUGGACGACGAUUCUACAGAAAGGAGUUUAUAUAGUUCUAAAUCUGGAAUUACCUGGUCGUCAAUUCCGUCUUCUUCGACGAAAAUAAGCUCUUCAAAUGAUACAAACGAGAAAACUGGACCUACCGGAUUCACUGAAAAUGUAUCAUCUAUUGAAGACUCAUUUAUGUGUUUUAUGUCGGAAAAAAUCAUACGGAAAAUUUUGAUUUAUUCAAAUAUGGAACAUAUUCGAAAUACUACUUCUAAUGAAAAGACAGAAGAAAUAACAAUGAUGGAAAUAAAAGCUUUUAUUGGACUUUUAUUACUUGGUGGUUUAUUAGGAAAAUCGAAGAAAAGCAUUAGAUCCAUAUGGAGAAGAAAUCCGUUAGAGUCUCCGAUAUUCAAAGCCACUAUGUCAAGAGAACGUUUUGAAAAAAUUAUCUCCUGCUUAAGAUUUGAUGAUAAAACAACAAGAGAAGGAAGGGGGAAAAGUGAUAAAUUUGCAGCAAUUCGUACUGACGUAACAAUUGAUGAACUGCUAUUAGGUUUCAGAGUUAAAUGCCCAUUUCGUCAAUUUAUACCAAAGAAACAUGAUAAAUAUGGGUUAAAAUUCUGGUUAUGUGUUGAUGUCGAUUCAUAUUAUGUAUUAAAUGCAUUUCCUUACAUUGGACGACAACCACAUCAAGAAAGACAAACACAAAUAGGGGCCAGUGUCGUUUUAGAAUUGCUCCUACCACUAUACGAUUCAAAUAGGAAUGUUUCUAUUGAUAAUUUUUUCACUAGUGUUCCAUUAGUCAAAGAACUUCAAAUGAAGAACUUGACUCUUAUAGGAACAUUACGAAAAAAUAAACCAGAAAUACCUAUAGAAUUCCAGUCAAACAGAAAACGUGAAAUUGGUCCUUCACUCUUUGGUUUUCAUGGCGGUUUAACUUUAGCAUCAUUUGUACACAAACAAAAUAAAGCUGCAUUACUACUUUGUUCAAAACAUCAUGAUAAUCAGGUGAAUAUGAAAAAUGGAAAACCAAUUAUUGUUUUGGAUUAUAAUAAAACAAAGGGAACUGUUGAUACUGUUGAUCAAAUGUGUCAUAAGUAUACGGCUAAACGAGGUACAAGGCGAUGGCCACUUUGCGUCUUUUAUGGAAUGAUAGAUAUUGCCGCUAUAAAUGCUCUGAUCGUAUGGAAGGCGAAAAACCCUCAAUGGAAUCAAAAUAAAAAAUUUCAACGUCGAUUAUUCCUGGAAGAACUAGGACUAAGUUUAGUAUCAAAUCUUUUGGAUUUUCGUUCAAAAACGUCGAAGUUUCUGAAUAAAGAUGUUGAAAAUGCGUUAGCUAUUGUUGGUUAUCCUAUGGUGAAGAAUCUACAAGAACCAGAACCAAAUGAAAAUUCUAUUCAGCCAAAAAAACGAAAAAGAUGUUAG